CUAAGAGACUCUGAAGUGAACUCUCAGGUAAAUGAAGGAAGCUACUGAAUCAUAAAUAAGAACCCAAAUAUGAUGCUGCAGUUGCUGCUUCUACAGCCUUGACCUCCCAGCUACAACCAAGAUAACAGAUGGCAACCACAUUCUGCAAUCUUAACACUGGGUCUGGUCUGACAAAACUAAAUGAGUACCACCUGAAGCAGAUAGUCUCCAAAAGGUCUUAUGGAGGCUAUGGAAGAUUGUCCUGUUUCUCCUGUAAUGCUCAAAGAGUUUUCCAUAGGGUUUGUAGAAAAAAAUUAGAGGCCAGACAGUGGCAAUAUUGUGGACAGGCUUUUGUCAACAAUAAGGCGGGCUAUUCUAACACUAUCCAUGAAGAGAAUAAAGAAGAGCCUAUUUCUAAAGCAACCUUGAUAUGGAGGGCAGUAAAGUUACCAAUAUACUCCGUUGCAUUGGUUCCUCUCACUGUAGGUAGUGCAGCUGCUUAUUUACAGACAGGCAUGUUUUCAGCUUGGCAUUAUUCUGUUCUUUUGGUUUCCUCGGUUCUUAUCAUCACAUGGCUCAACCUAAGCAAUGAUGUUUACGAUUUCGAUACAGGAGCUGAUAAAGAUAAGAAAGAAUCAGUUGUAAAUCUAGUGGGCAGCCGUACAGGCACUCUUGUUGCUGCCUACUUGUUACUUGCUCUUGGCUUUUUGGGGCUUGCUUGGGUAUCUUUUGAGGCAGGAAAUAUGCGUGCAAUAUUAUUACUCGCUUGUGCAAUCAUGUGUGGUUAUAUAUAUCAGUGUCCACCAUUUCGGUUAAGUUACCAAGGAUUAGGAGAGCCGUUGUGCUUUGCUGCAUUUGGUCCAUUCGCUACUACGGCUUUUUAUUUAUUGCAGGGAAGCACAAGGGAAAUGAUCCAUCUUCCCUUUACUGGUUCAAUUCUUUCUGCUUCACUCCUUAUUGGCAUAACAACAGCCUUAAUCCUGUUCUGUAGUCACUUUCAUCAGAUUGAAGGAGACAGGGCUGUAGGAAAAAUGUCCCCUCUGGUUAGGCUUGGCACGAAAAGAGGAUUAGUGGUAGUGAAGUUGGCAGUUAUAGGACUCUAUGUUCUCACUUUCACCUUUGGUCUAAGCAGCGCUCUCCCUUUUACUUGUGUUUUUCUAUGUGCCCUGACCUUGCCAAUUGCAAGACUGGUGGUUGGCUAUGUUGAAGAAAACCACAAUGACAAACAUAAAAUAUUCAUGGCAAAGUAUUACUGUGUGAGGUUGCAUUCUUUAUUUGGAGCUGCAUUGGCUGCUGGACUCGUGUUACCGAGAAUGGUCCCUAAAAUAAACAUCGCUAGGUUGGGAUUCUCAUAGAGAGUUUUUCAAUUUCUCAGAAUCUGUAGUAGACGUAGGGACGAUAUGCCUAGUUUUUUUAGCUUCAGAGGCAGAGUUAUGGCUCUUGGCAACAUGGCUGUGUGCACUUUUUUUAUUUUCAAGUUUCCAAUGCUAUAGAAGAAACUGUGGCACUGGCAGCAGCAAACACUGAAAACACACUGGAUAAAAUUAUGCACCUUGGUUCCAUUUUAAAAUAUUUCCCACCUGAAAUGUCAAGUUUAACGCCAAGAAAAAUAGCUUUUAAAAGAACACUUUUAAGACGAAUGGAUUUGGCAAAGAA